AAACACAAACACCAUCACAAUCUCUCAAGUUCCAUACCCACUGUUAGUCUCCUCCACUCCCAAGCCAACACCUCUCCUCCAUCAUGCCACCACUAACCACUCUCUUCCCCUCCCUUGCCCUCUUCCUCCUCCUCCUCUUAUCCUCCUCCACGACCUCAAAUGCACACAACAUCACACGCAUCCUUGCCAAGCACCCUGAAUUCUCCACCUUCAAUCACUACCUCACCAUAACUCACCUGGCUGCAGAGAUCAACCGACGUGAAACCAUAACUGUUCUAGCACUUGACAAUGCUGCCAUGUCAUCCCUCCUGGCUAAACAGUUCUCCCUCUACACCGUCAAGAAUGUCCUGUCUCUCCAUGUUCUUGUCGACUACUUUGGUUCUAAGAAGCUCCAUCAGAUUACCAACGGAACAGCUUUGACUUCUACCAUGUUCCAGGCAACGGGUUCUGCUCCAGGUUCCUCAGGGUACAUCAAUAUCACUGAUCUUAAAGGCGGAAAAGUUGGGUUCGGUGCAGAAGACAACAAUGGAAAACUUGAUGCAGUUUAUGUGAAAUCUGUAGCUGAGAUUCCUUAUAAUAUUUCUGUCUUACAAAUUAGUAAGGUUCUGAAUUCAGCUGAAGCUGAAGCACCAACGGCAGAGCCAAGCCAGCUUAAUCUGACGGAAAUAAUGUCAAAGCAAGGCUGCAAAGCCUUUUCAGACUUGCUGAAAGCUUCAGGAGCUGAUGCAACAUUUAACGAAAACAUUGAUGGAGGUUUGACAGUGUUUUGCCCAACUGACCCUGUUAUCGAUGGUUUUAUGCCCAAAUACAAGAAUUUGACAGCAUCCCAGAAAGUGGCCCUGUUAUUGUUCCAUGGCAUUCCUGUGUAUAUGUCCUUGCAAAUGCUGAAAUCCAACAAUGGGAUUAUGAACACGUUGGCAACAGAUGGAGCAAACAAGUAUGAUUUCUCCGUGCAAAACGACGGCGAGGUCGUGACAUUGAAGACCAAGGUCAUGACUUCAAAGAUUACAGGGACUUUGAAGGAUCAAGAGCCAUUGAUUGUGUAUAAAAUUGACAAGGUGUUGUUGCCUAGGGAGUUGUUCAAGCCAGUGGAAGCUGCUGAGGCACCAAAGUCAUCCAAAUCCAAGCACAAGGCAGCAGAUGCACCAGAAUCUGAUGCACCAGCAGAGAGUGACCCAGCUGAUGUUCAGACGGCAGAUAAUGAAAAUGGGGUUGUGGGAUUGGACGGUGGGAGAUUGAUAAUGGUGUCGUUGAGCUUGUGCAUUGGGGUGUUGUUGAUUUGAAUAUAGUGACAUAGAAAUAUUUGAUCAGAUUGAUACAGAUUGCAUCAGAGAAUACUUUUUAGGACAUGGGGUCGUUAUUCAUGUGAGAGAUUUGAAGUUUUCUUUUCUUGCUUUUGUUUUCUUCCCUCUAUUUCUCUGGUGGCUUGUGAACAAAAUAGCAAUAAGUGAUUAGUCCCACUUGCAUUGGUCCUUUUCUUUAUUUUUUUUCAUGUCUGUCAUUAUUUGCUUGUAUAGAAUAGACUACAAUCAAUGCAUUUUGGUUGAGCUGUAAAUGCAAUAUUCUUUUCUUCUUAUUUUGAAUUUUUUAAUUUCCUUAUGAGCUGUAUCCAAAUUAAUCUAUAUAAUUAUGA